AUGGAGGCAGACAAGUGGCAUGCCAGGAAUGUGAGGCUGCAAAGAGGAGGAGAAGAGAAAGCAGGAGCCUUCAACGAGACGACGAGAUCUCAGCUGGCUUCUCAAGGCUUCGCCGUCAUCUCUGCCGUCUUGCGCCAAGACGAAUGUGCGAAAGCCGUCGACUUGGCAUGGGACUUUGUUGAGGCUGCAAGUAAGGCCAAAAACCGAGUGUUGAAAGGAGAUUAUUCCAAUCAUGUCGACCGAGCAGAUCCCGAUACAUGGCACAACGGCAAUUGGCCGCGUUGCGUGGAGGGGGGGAUCAUCCCGUUUUGUGGAGCUGGCCAGUCAAGGUGCGCAUGGUAUGUACGAUCGCACCAUAAGAUUCGAGAAGUCUUUGCUGGCUUGUGGCAAACAGAAGACCUUGUCGUUUCUUUUGAUGGCCUGCUUCUAUGGAGAGAUUGGAGGACUCUGAAUCGUAUGGAGUAUAGGACCGAAGAAGGCUGGUUUCACAUCGAUCAGAAUCCUAGAAAGAAACAAGACUUUUGUUGCGUGCAAGGAUUGGUGAAUCUCUUGCCAAACUCUGGUUACAUUGAAGGGAACGUCCUCGUUGCAGGCUCGCAUCUUUCCUUCCCUCAUCACUUCUUGCAGCACACUGACGAAGAUUUGAGGACGUUUUACUUGUCUAGGCUCGACCAAGUCCAGGAUGAGGACUGGUUGGAAGUGCACCCAAAGGACAGCCUUUUGCAUAACAAUGUAAUCUGCUGUCACCUGGACGCUGGGGAUCUCCUGCUGUGGGAUAGCCGAGUCGUUCACUGCUCGUACCCAAGUGCUAUCGGAGCCACGCGAGAGGAGCAAGCGGAGCUGUCCUCUGGUGACCGCAUGGUGCUGGAACACGCGAAGGGCCUUACGCGAGCAGCAGUGAUGGUGUGUUACGUGCCAGCUGAGAGAGUGGAUGCCAGGAUCAAGGAGGAGCGAGUUGAAGCCGUUGGUCGAGGAGCGACCUUGUCACACUGGCCCGACAAGCUGCAAGCACUCGGUGCAGAGCAGCAAGCAGAUGCUGAAAAGGAAAGAGAGAUGAUCGAAGACAUGAUGCAGACUUCUUCGGCUUUACUGCCUGCCUCAGAGCUGUCUGAUGAACAAUGGAAGCUCGUUUACGGAAGAGACUGUCAGUGA